CUGAGAAUAAGUUUUUCUAAAGCUAAAAAUAAAAUUGCUCCAAUAAGCAUUCAGUUUACAUUUUUUCCAUUUUUCGGCAAAAUCUCAUAUCUAAACAAGGAAAAAACCAUUUCGCAAGCUAUCGCCAUGGAUUUGCUUCCGGUGGAGUCGCCGCAGAUCCUGAGCAGGAGCAAACGGCGGUUCCGCUCCCUCAAGCUCGUCACCGUCAAUGACGACGACGUUCUGUCCGAGACGCCGUACGGCGUCAACUACGGUCGCCUCAGUAAUGGUCUCACUUACUAUGUGCGCUCAAACUCCAAGCCCAAGAUGAGAGCUGCUCUCGCUCUCGCUGUUAAAGUUGGUUCAGUUUUAGAGGAGGAGGAAGAGCGUGGAGUUGCUCAUAUAGUUGAGCAUCUAGCUUUCAGUGCCACCAAGAAAUAUACGAACCAUGAUAUUGUCAAAUUUCUUGAAAGUAUUGGGGCUGAAUUUGGAGCCUGCCAAAAUGCUGUUACAUCAGCAGAUGAGACUGUUUAUGAGUUAUUUGUUCCUGUUGACAAGCCUGAACUACUAUCUCAGUCAUUAUCGGUCUUGGCAGAAUUCAGUUCUGAGGUUCGUGUAUCAGCAGAUGAUUUAGAGAAGGAAAGGGGAGCUGUGCUUGAAGAGUAUAGGGGAAGUAGAAAUGCAAAUGGAAGAAUGCAGGACGCUCACUGGGUUCUCAUGAUGGAGGGUUCUAAAUAUGCUGAGCGUUUACCAAUCGGACUUGAAAAGGUGAUUCGUUCAGUUACCCCUGAGACUGUUAAGCAGUUCUACAAUAAGUGGUACCAUAUGCAAAAUAUGGCUUUGAUUGCUGUUGGAGAUUUUCCUGACACAGAGAGUGUUGUUGAGUUGAUAAAAACCCACUUUGAAGAUAAAACUCCGGUACUUGAUCCUCCUCUCAUCCCGCAGUUUCCGGUCCCAGCACAUGAGGAGCCACGUUUUUCAAGUUUUGUGGAAUCUGAAGCAGCUGGGUCAGCAGUGAUGAUCAGUUGCAAGGUUCCAGUGGUUGAGCUGAAAACUGUGAAGGACUACAGGAAUCUACUCGCUGAGUCCAUGUUUUUUCAUGCUUUGAACCAGAGGUUCUUUAAGUUGUCUCGUAAGAAUAAUCCACCUUAUUUUUCAUGCUCAGCCGCUGCUGAUGUACUUGUUCGUCCAAUUAAAGCCUAUAUAAUGACUUCAUCUUGUAAGCAAAAUGGGACUACUGAAGCACUAGAAUCGAUGCUGAUUGAGGUUGCUAGGGUUCGCUUGCACGGAUUUUCUGAACGUGAAAUAUCUGUCUCACGUGCUCUUUUAAUGUCAGAGAUUGAAUCUGCCUAUCUGGAGAGAGAUCAAAUGCAAUCAAGCAACUUACGAGAUGAAUAUAUACAGCAUUUUCUCCGGAAUGAACCUGUUAUUGGGAUUGAAUAUGAAGCACAGCUUCAUAAAACCCUUCUUCCCUGUAUAUCAGCCUCUGAGGUGUCCAGUUAUUCAGAAAAUUUCCGUACAUCUUAUAGCUGCGUAAUAAAAACAAUUGAGCCUCAAGCAGCAGCAACAGUGGAUGGUCUGAGAAAUGUUGUUUUAAGGGUCAAUUCUUUCGAAGAUGGAGGAAGCAUUUCCCCCUGGGAUGACGAAAAAAUUCCCGAAGAAAUUGUUACUAUACAGCCAAAUCCAGGUCAUGUGGUGGAGCAGCAUGAAUACACCAGCAUUGGUGCAACUGAAAUGAUUCUGUCAAAUGGCAUGCGUGUUUGCUACAAAUGCACAGACUUUUUUGAGGACCAGGUUUCAUUCACAGGUUUCUCAUAUGGGGGCUUAUCCGAACUCGAAGAAUCUGAAUAUCUCUCGUGUUCAAUGGGUUCUACUAUUGCUGGUGAAAUUGGAGUGUUUGGUCAUAGACCUUCUGUUCUGUCAGAUAUGCUUGCUGGUAAAAGAGCUGAAGUAGGCACAAGCCUAGGAGCAUAUAUGCGAAGCUUUUCUGGUGAUUGCUCUCCUUCAGACUUGGAAACUGCAUUGCAGUUGGUCUAUCAACUCUUUGUGACAAAUCUACAACCUGGAGAAGAAGACGUGAAAAUAGUUAUGCAAAUGUCGGAGGAAUCUAUUCGUGCUCAAGAGAGAGAUCCUUAUACUGCAUUUGCUAACCGUGUGAGGGAGAUCAACUAUGGAAAUUCCUACUUUUUUAGGCCCAUUAAAAUUAGUGACAUACGGAAAGUUGAUCCCUUCAAAGCUUGUGAGUAUUUUAACAAUUGCUUUAAGGAUCCAUCAACUUUUACUGUGGUCGUUGUUGGUAAUAUUGAUCCUGCCACUGCUUGCCCUCUGAUACUGAAGUAUUUGAGUGGGAUCCCAAGACCUCCGAAGCCAAUCCUGAAUUUCAAACGUGACGAACUCAAAGGCUUACCAUUUACUUUUCCGUCCACUGUAAUUAGAGAAAUUGUGAGGAGCCCCAUGGUGCAAGCUCAGUGUUCGGUCCAAUUAUGCUUUCCGGUUGAGCUUAAGAAUGAAAAUAUGGUGAGUAGGAAUUUGGUAUUUAUACUGCUUUCUUCUAUAGAGAAGAUUAUCGUCUUCUUAACCUUUAUACUGCAGAUGGAAGAUGUUCACUUGACUGGAUUAGUAAGCAAGCUUCUGGAAACAAAGAUAGUACAAGUCCUCCGCUUUAAGCAUGGACAGAUUUACUCGGCUGGAGUUUCUGUGUUCCUUGGAGGUAAUAGACCGUCAAGAGUCGGUAACAUACGUGGCGACAUAAGCAUUAAUUUUUCCUGUGAUCCUGAAAUUUCAUCUACGCUGGUCAAUUUUGCCUUGGAUGAGAUCUUGCGUCUUCAAGAGGAAGGACCAUCAGAUGAUGAUGUUUCUACCAUUCUUGAAAUUGAGCAAAGGGCCCAUGAAAAUGGAUUGCAGGAGAACUAUUAUUGGUUAGAGAGGAUUUUGCGUAGCUACCAGUCGAGAAUUUAUUCUGGUGAUGUUGGCGCUUCUUUCCAGAUUCAAGACGAGGGGCGUACCAGAGUGAGAAAUUCCUUGACACCAUUAACUGCUCAAUCAGCACUACGGAGAAUUAUACCCUUUCCUUGCAAAGAGCAGUACACUGUCGUGAUUUUAAUGCCUCAAUCAUCCUGUUUUAAGAAACUUGAAUCAUUCAUCAGCUCCAGAGAAGCUAAGAUUAUGGUUGGUGCUGCUGGCUUUGCAGUUAUGGUACUUAGUAUGUGGAGAUACAGUCAACGAAGAUGAAAAUCCUAGUGAAAUAGUCGCACACUUUAUACCUGGACUAAGAUUACAUAAUUUGCAAAAGACGAUUUUGAUCGGAUUUGUGCUUUAUUGUGAGAGGUAAAAUAGUUACCAUGUUAUUGAGAAAAUGUGCAAACAUUCUUAUAUCCAUUCUUCGGUGGCCGACAAGGUAUAUGCUUUCUCUACAGCAACUCUAGAAUUUGGGUUAUGUAUAUUUUAUUGAUAUACUUGAAGUACAUGGAAAAAGUAGAAGAAUUGUUACUUUGUUAUAAUUUUCAUAAAUGAUGAGUUUCAAAGUAAAUUAGAAUGAGUGAUACAUGGACAGUUUAUGGGCAAAGCCCAAGCACUGCACUAUACUUACUCAGUUGCACAAUGAUGAAUGGAUAUGCCACAACUCGCUCUAAUAGGAAAGCAUUAUUGGAUGAUCAAUGGGUAGUAAAUUUCUG